AUGAGGAUCCGCCUGGCGCGGCGGUGGACGUGGGUCGGCAGAGGCUGCGCGUUGCUCGGCCUGCUGACGGCCGCCUACCUGGUGGCGGAGCUGUCCGUGUCCUCGCUGGGCGCCUCCCGCGCCGCGGGCAGCGUCGCCGCCGGGAAGUGGGAGAGGCGCUUUUCUGGCGGAGCGGGCGAGGCGGUGGAUUUGGCUCGUCCAGUUUAUGACAGAUCCCCGCCUGAUUCCCACGCCCCGGGAGAAUGGGGUAAGCCCACUCGCCUGCAGCUGAGUCCGGAGGAGAAGAAACAGGAGGAGGAGCUGAUCGAGAAGUAUGCGAUUAAUAUUUACUUGAGUGAUAAAAUCUCUCUCCAUCGGCACAUUGAAGAUAAUCGGAUGGGUGAAUGUAAAACUAAAUCUUACAACUACAGACGACUGCCCACAACAUCUGUCAUAAUCGCUUUCUACAAUGAAGCGUGGUCAACGCUGCUGCGGACGGUACACAGUGUUCUUGAAACAUCUCCUUCAGUUCUUCUGAAAGAAAUUAUAUUAGUUGACGACUUGAGUGAUAAAGUGUAUUUGAAGGCUGACCUUGAAAAAUACAUAAGCAAUCUGAAAAGGGUUCGUUUGAUAAGAACCAACAAACGAGAAGGAUUGGUCCGCGCACGCUUAAUCGGAGCUACCUUUGCCACUGGUGAUGUCCUUACAUUUCUAGACUGUCACUGUGAAUGCGUCUCUGGUUGGUUAGAACCGCUGCUCGAGAGGAUUGCUGAGAAUGAGACUGUUGUUGUUUGUCCUGUUAUUGACACCAUUGACUGGAACACGUUUGAAUACUACAUGCAAACAACAGAGCCCAUGAUCGGGGGUUUUGACUGGCGGUUGACGUUUCAGUGGCACUCUGUGCCAAAGCAUGAACGUCAAAGGCGCAAAUCUGAAACUGACCCAAUCAGAUCCCCGACUAUGGCCGGUGGCUUGUUUGCUGUCAGCAAGAAGUAUUUUGAGUACCUGGGUACAUAUGAUACGGGAAUGGAUGUUUGGGGAGGGGAGAACUUAGAACUAUCGUUUAGAGUUUGGCAGUGUGGAGGCAUACUGGAGAUUCAUCCGUGCUCCCAUGUAGGCCAUGUGUUUCCAAAGCGUGCACCAUAUGCUAGGCCAAACUUCCUUCAGAACACUGCACGUGCUGCUGAGGUGUGGAUGGAUGAGUAUAAAGAACUGUUCUACAACAGAAAUCCUUCAGCAAGAAAAGAAAAUUAUGGAGAUAUAUCUGAAAGAAAGCUUCUAAGAGAGCGUUUGAAAUGUAAGAAUUUUAACUGGUAUUUAAAGAACAUAUUUUCAGAGCUGCAUGUACCAGAAGAUCGUCCUGGCUGGCAUGGUGCUAUCCGCAGUGCAGGCAUAUCGUCAGAAUGCCUGGACUAUGCUUUGCCAGAGCAUAAUCCUACUGGAGCUCACCUUUCUCUCUUUGGAUGCCAUGGUCAAGGAGGCAAUCAAUUUUUUGAAUACACAUCAGAUAAGGAGAUUAGAUUUAACUCUGUAACUGAACUAUGUGCCGAAGUCCCUGAGCAAAAAGAUUUCAUUGGUAUGAGGAGCUGCCCAAAAGAUGGAUCUCCUAUUCCAGAAAAUAUUAUAUGGCAUUUCAAAGACGAUGGGACUAUUUAUCAUCCUCAGUCAGGAAAGUGCCUUAGUGCUUAUCGUACAACCGAGGGGCGUCCAGAUGUGCAAAUGAGAGCUUGUAAUGUUGCAGAUAAAAAUCAGAUUUGGAAGUUUGAGAAAUAAUGGCUAUUGGUAGUAAGAAUCGGAUGGACUAUAAUCACCAAGGCUUUUGCGUACAUGGGCAAGGGGCAACAUUUGAUUGUGAACGUCUUCAGAAGUGUCCUUCCUGUAGUAGUGUAGAAACUGUCUCCUGCAGUGAACAGUAUGAAAAGCAAAAGUAAAUAAUGCGGUUUAGUUUCUGAAACAUUAAGUCCCAAUUUAGAGGUUUUUAUUUUUGUAGAAUGUUGAUUUAUUGUUUUCUUAUUUUGAUCUGCCUUAAUUAUGGGAAAACAAAGCCUGUUUAGUGGACUGAAGAGGUUGCUCUUGUGUGUGUGGGGGGGGUUGUUUGUUUGCUUUUUAAUACUAAACCUACAAGAUCAUAUGUGAAAGUAAAGAAUUUAUUCCUAAGGAAGUAAAAGUUAGGGUUCUUGUAGCAAUAUUAACCAAUCUAUUUUGCAGCUGCAUCAUGUAAUGUGUGUAUCUAACAUGCUAAAUAAUGCUACAUUAGCAGGUGGUUGAGUUGACUUUGUGGAAAGCAGAAUCUGCUUUCUGGAUUUUGGUCUUGGAAUAUCAUAUAACUUUACUGACAAGUUUUCAUACCCUUGAGGAUUUUAAGGUGACAAUUGACUAUGUUGUUCUGAGGAAAAAGAAGGAUUUUUUAGUGGAUAGGACUCAGGAAAUGGUAGGCUUUGUCUCAGAUGCUUUCUUCUGGCACAAAUGCCUUGCAGUCCUGCCCCUGUGCUGGAACACUGAUCUGCUAAGGGUGACUCAGGAAUCUUUGUAUGCUUGGAAAUAAGAGAGUAGCAGCAGUGGAAACAAGGGCAUACUAAAGGUACUGUACAUGAGAAGAAGUAAGGAUGGUAAGAAGUAGGAGUUCCACUGAAGAAGCAAAGAGAGCAUAGACUUGCAUUAGCUACUACUGUUUCUUAGCUAUAUAUAUAUGUAAUAUUUACAUGGUCCUUGUGUAAGCUUUUCCACGUUAAACUUUUGGCUUCCUAGGGAGGAAGCUACAGAGCUUAUCCAACUGUACCGUGUGUUCAGAACAAAUUUUGGUUACAUCUUACAAGCCCUUGUACAAAUUUUGAAGUGGCAGCAGAGUAGAGGAGAGAGACACAAAGGAAAACUUGGGCUGUUUUGGUUUGCCACAUGUACUGUAUUUUGGCAACAGCUUGCAGGCCCUACACCGUAUGUGGAGCUUUGAAAUAGUUGCAGUAUGUGCUACUUCUUUCUGGUCAUAAUAGUGUCACAGGACACUCGGUGAAGUUGGGGUUACUGAGGUGAGGGGAACUGAAGAGGCAGAAGACAAAUCUUAGGAAACCAGAGUUUGUUAGGUGGCUCACAGGACAUCUUGCUUUGAACAUGUGUUAUUCUGUUUCCCAUCAUGCUAACUGUGGAAGAAUAUUGGUUCUUGAAUUGUGUCACUAACUCAUUUUCUUUUAUCUGGGUGUGAUUACAGGCACUAGAUGUGAUCAGUAUUUUGUGUACUUGAAAAAAACAGUCUUGUGCUAGGGUCCAUGUUUUGGCCCAUCCAUGACUGAGUUGAAUGGUUACCUUAAUGUUGCAGGUAUUCCAGCUUUUUUGGUUACUUUCAUUGAAGUAAUAGAUGUUCUCAGUAGCCACAAUAAAGUAAAUGUUGGCACUGGGCUGGUAGGCAGGAACUUGAGGUGGUGAGCAAUACGAAUCUGGAUAAACACGUCAGGAAUGUAGUAAGCGUAGGUAUACUGUAGGCGUUGGUAGGUAGAAGGGCUAAAAGGAAGCAAGUGAGACCUGAAGUAAGUAAAGAUUUGCCACAAAAAACAAAGCAAGAGUAAAUUAAGAUAUCCAUUUGAAUCUGUGUGAUUGGAAAAACUUGAAAGAUUUGGAUGACAACUGACAAGCGAGUUAAAACAGGCUAAGAUAGAAGGGGAACAUAGGAAAAUUUGGAUCUGGGGAUACAGUGCUAAAUCAUAGUAAAAAUGCUUGCCACUGUGUGGCAUGGGUUGUUUUAAGCUUUGGUAACUCGUUUUAAAGAGGUUACUUGCGAUUUGAUUUUCUUUUUUUUUCCUAAGCUGAUUUUGGGGGGAAAAUGGAACCUUUUUACUAUAUAAGGGAGGCAUUCCCAGAAAAUGCACUUUUCUCUUGUGGCAAGGAAUUCUUUUGUGGACUCACAAGUUAUGAAUCACUUAUCAAACUACAAAAUACAGCCACUCAUUAUGUACCAGAGCAGAAAAUUAUACAAAGUAUGUGUUUUGUGAAAAGCUUGCUGUUAACUGUUACAUUACAUAGAAACAGCAGGAAAAAAGACACAGGUAUCCUACAUAGUAGAGUCAUCAGUUGUAUAUGCAAUGCAUACUUCCUCAGAUGAAAGUAAUUAAACAGUGUGAAUAUUGACUAUGCAACUUUUUAUACAAUUUUAACUUUUUUAUAAGACUUGGCAAAAAACUGUGUUUUGUAUAGAGAGUUACUUACAUGCUAAAUAUGACAUUCAAAGUGCUAUUUGAGCAAAAAAAUCUGGGUGAAUCCAUCUCUUAAAGUUUGAAGACCUUUUCUCUCUGCAUGUAUCUGAACCCUUCCUCCUACUCCCCACCACAUCCCAUUAUAUUUUUAAUUGUUUAAAAAUAUAAAAACAAAAAAAAUUACACAAAGCAAAAGUAAAUGACCUGGCCCUAAAAAAAUAUUGUUUCUUCCCAAUGGCAACAAUUAAAAAAUAAAUAAAGGUGUGCAGUGAGUGGCUGGGGAAUAGGGGAGAGGGAGAGAGAAGCUGCCAUUUCCAGUUCAACUAGCAUUGAACUUAAUUGCAGCAAUGUUGCAGAAAUAUCCAGUUUUUCAGUGUGUGCAGAUUUGUGGAAAAUCUGAAGCUCUGGAAGAUUUUAUAUUGUGUUAUACAUCAAGAAUUUGAGAAAUGUUUGUAUAUAUUUUAAACUACUGAUUUUUAAAUCACUUAAAUCGAAUGUGAAUUCAACACUGAAUAAAUAUGGG